UGGCUUAUAAAUAAAACAAGAGAUCAAAGGAAGCCAUGAAGAGAGGAGGUGGUGGUGGCUUUGCUUGGUAUCCAAUUCAAAGAUUGAGUGAAGAUUUGGGGGGUGAAAUCUGAUGGCUAUAGUUCAUAGCAUUUGAUUUCCUCGCUGGAUGUUGAUAAACAAACAAAAAACAAAACAAAACAAGGCUAGGCAAGGUGGAGAAGGACAAGGAGAGGGAGAGGGAGAAGGAGAAGGAGAAGGAGAAGGAGAACCUUCAUCGCCUCUUCCUCAUCUUCUCUGCCAUUUGAUUCCUCUCUUCGGCAUCACUUGAUUACAGAAAGAAAGAAAGCAAGCAAGAUAAGAAAAUAUGGGUGUUGAUAGACAGGCACAGUUUCAUGUGUUGGCUGUAGAUGACAGUCUCAUUGACAGGAAGCUCAUUGAGAGGCUCCUCACGACCUCAUCCUACCAAGUUACCACAGUGGAUUCCGUGAGCAAGGCUCUUGAAUUGUUGGGACUGAGAGAGGAACCGGGUGUCUUAUCACCUGAUUCAUCAGAUAAGAAUGAGAUUGAGGUGAACUUGAUCAUAACAGAUUACUGCAUGCCCGGAAUGACAGGGUAUGAUCUUCUCAAGAGAAUUAAGGGUUCAUCGUCUUUGAAGGACAUUCCAGUUGUGAUCAUGUCCUCUGAGAACGUGCCUUCAAGGAUCAAUAGAUGCCUUGAAGGUGGAGCAGAAGAGUUCUUUCUCAAGCCCAUGCAGCUUUCAGACAUGACAAAGCUCAGACCUUAUAUGCAAAAAGGAAAACUGAAAGAAGAGCAACAACAGCAAUCACAACAACAAGAGGAAAAAAACAGCAACGACGGAAAUGUCAGUCAUAAAAGAAAAGCCGCCAUGGAUGAUGAUGAUGAAGUUAAGCCUGAGAAAACAAGGCCAAGAUUGUCCUGUAGCAGCUCGGCAUAUACAUGAAAUGAAGAGAGCUAGUUUCUCAAUUACCAUUUUUUACUUCUUAAUUUCUUCUCCUGCAACUAAUUCAAACACAUACACCUAUUACUUUCCGGAUAUUCUAGUUUUCCUCACAAAACCAUUGAUGUUCGACGCAUACACUUCUUUCUUUAGGGAAUUAGGAAGGAAAGAAGAUGUGUAGACAUGUGUCAUUAUUGUGUUCCUCGAGCUUCCAGAGAAUCAAUUUAUUGUCGUGCAUUGUGGGAA